GGGGGCGAAGACGAGGGCCGAGAGGCGGCGGCGGCGGCGGCGGCGGCAGGACUGCGCGCCCCGAGUCCCGUUCCGCGUCCCCGCCGCCGGAGGAGGUGCCCGCACGCUCGCGGCGCGCGCCGGGGCCGCCACACUCGGCCUGUGGGCGAUUUCCUCCGGACCCGAGCUCCCCGCCCGAGGAGGAAGAUGCAGACCUUUCUGAAAGGGAAGAGAGUUGGCUACUGGCUGAGCGAGAAGAAAAUCAAGAAGCUGAAUUUCCAGGCCUUCGCCGAGCUGUGCAGGAAGCGAGGGAUAGAAGUCGUGCAGCUGAACCUCAGCCGGCCGAUCGAGGAGCAGGGCCCCCUGGACGUCAUCAUCCACAAGCUGACCGACGUCAUCCUCGAAGCCGACCAGAACGACAGCCAGUCCCUGGAGCUGGUCCACAGGUUCCAGGAAUACAUCGAUGCGCACCCUGAGACCAUUGUCCUGGACCCCCUUCCUGCCAUCAGGACCUUGCUCGACCGCUCCAAGUCCUAUGAACUCAUCCGGAAGAUCGAGGCAUACAUGAAAGACGACAGGAUCUGCUCGCCACCCUUCAUGGAGCUCACGAGCCUGUGCGGAGACGACACCAUGAGGCUCCUGGAGAAGAACGGCCUGGCGUUCCCCUUCAUUUGUAAAACCAGAGUGGCUCAUGGUACCAACUCUCACGAGAUGGCCAUCGUGUUCAACCAGGAGGGCUUGAGUGCCAUCCAGCCGCCCUGUGUGGUCCAGAACUUCAUCAACCACAACGCUGUUUUGUACAAGGUGUUUGUGGUGGGCGAGUCGUACACCGUGGUCCAGAGGCCCUCGCUGAAGAACUUCUCCGCUGGCACGUCAGAUCGUGAGUCCAUCUUCUUCAACAGCCACAAUGUGUCGAAGCCGGAGUCAUCAUCGGUCCUGACCGCGCUGGACAAGAUCGAGGGUGUGUUCGAGCGGCCGAGUGACGAGGUCAUCCGGGAGCUGUCCCGGGCCCUCCGGCAGGCGCUGGGCGUGUCCCUCUUCGGGAUCGACAUCAUCAUCAACAACCAGACGGGGCAGCACGCCGUUAUCGACAUCAACGCCUUCCCAGGCUACGAGGGCGUCGGCGAGUUCUUCACAGACCUGCUGAACCACGUGGCCGCCGUCCUGCAGGGCCAGAGCGCGGCCGCGGCAGCCGCGGGGGACGUGGCCCCGCUGAGGCACAGCAGGCUCCUGGCGGAGCAGGCGGGCGGCCUGGCGGCCGAGCGGACGUGCAGCGCCGGCCCCGGCUGCUGUGGCAGCAGGAUGGGCCCGGACGCACCCUGGGCGGCCGAGGCCGACACGGGCGGCAUGGGCGCGGGUGGCGCCGCCAAGCUGCCCCACCAGAGACUCGGCUGCACCGCCGCGGUAUCGCCCAGCUUCCAGCAGCACUGCGUGGCCUCGCUGGCCACGAAGGCCUCCUCCCAGUAGCCACGGAGCCCCGGACCCAGAGGGCGGCGCGGGCCGCGGAGCAUCUGCCGGGCCAGCAGCUCCCGGUGGCCACGCUCCUCCUAAGAAUUCCCGGUGAUCUGAUUCUUUGUUGUGGUUUUGUUUUUUUGUUUUUUUAAUUUUUAACCUGAUUUCCUGAUGUCAUGAUCUAAAUAAGGGGUGGUGGAGGGGGAGAUGGAAAAGGACCCCAAGUGGCCCAGCCUCGGGGACGAUCCCUGAAACCUGCUGUGCAGCCGUCUUCACUGGGUUUACACUUGCUGCGUCUUUAACACUAGGUCUGAAUGGGAGGUGGGGUGUGUGUGUGCGUGUGCACAUCCACGUCUGUUCGUUUUGACGGCUGCUCUGGACCAGGCCUCGGGGUCCCCAGUGGGGGUGGGGGGGCGCCCCUGGGUCAGCCUUUUGGCGGUUGAACAGAGCGAGUGAGACGUUCCUCAUCUCACUUUUCUCCAAGCCCCUCACACCCAGGCCUGGCCCCCUCCCUGUCACCCUCUGCUGGCGGCACCCACAGCGUUGUGAGCAAUGGGGCCCAAGCCCCAAGCUCUGAAGAGCCAGAGGAAGCCAGAGGCACCCCUACUGUUUCCUUUCGGGGGCUCCGUGUAGGGGGUCCGGGCUGUGGUCCGCCCGUCGCCUGCUCACAGGAAGAAGGAAGCUUCCUGGGGGCGCCUAAGGCACUGAGUGGGCCUCUCCUCUCCACAUCCAGCUCCCCGGAGUCCUCCAGGCCCUUUAACAUGUGUCCCGUGCAGCCCUGCAAGGGGGCCUCCCUCCCUGACCAAGCACCGCUCCCCGGGGCCCCGGAGCAGGCUGCCUGGUCGGGAGCCCCCGGAGCUGAUCCGCCCGUGCCAAGGAUUUGUGCCGUGACUGUGGACAGACCAUCCCAGGCGUUGCUGGGCCUCCAUGUCCUCAUCUCUGAUGAGCCAUUGAGACCAGAGAACUCUGAAGGGCAGGCUUGGUGCCCUAGACCCUGGUGCAGCCUGCCUCUCCGAGAAGUCAACCCGAUGAGCCUCCCCUUGGCAUCGGGGUGAUUCGGGGCCCUCUUCCCCCAGCAGGGGGCGGUGGGGGGCUGCCUGUACGCUUCACAUCUUUUCACACCACCCAGCAGGCCCGCCCCACCCUUCCUGUACUCACUGCAAGCCCCAAGCACAAAGCCAGCCAAGCGUGAGGGGGGGCUGCAGCCCCAGGGGUGAGGAAGCAGCCACCCAUCCUCCCUGAGAGUGCCCCCAGCCCCUGAUGAGCAGUCACCACCGGCUGAUCGGUCAGCUCCCACGGUGCAGGUGGGCACACCGCCCGCCCCGCUGCACAGAAGGGGGCCAGGGAGGGGCUUUGCCAGUUCUGGGACAGCGUGAGUCUGGGUGAAAUGCCUAGGACCCCCCUGAGCAUGAUCCCGUGUCCCGACACAUCCAUUCACUUUGAGGAAGGGGGAAGGGCGCCUGGGCCGUCCCGCAUGGUCCAGUGCGGAUGGCCCGAGAGAGGCUGCUGACCCAGGCACCCAGAGGUACCUUCGGGCCCGCCUCAGCAGGGGCGUGAGGGUCACCCACCUUUGGGAAAGGAAGGGCUGGGUGGGGGCUGCCCUCAAGCUGCGCUGGGCCCGGGCUGAGAGGACAGGUGUGGUCGGGACCACCCUGCUGCCCUGGAAACCAGGGCCCACCGACUAACUGCGUUUACACGACUUGAGUGUUGAACCCCGAUUAUAAUGUCUGUACAGCGCCUUUCCUAGUCCAACCCUGAGCCCCGGGGAAGCAGGAAAGCGUGGCUGGCCUCUUGCACUGCUUUGUCUCCAAAAUAAACUACUGAAAUCAAACUGCAUUUCACACGUGUUUACAAAU